AGAGAUUAGACAAUAAAUGCGGCCCGGGGGUUUCUGUGGUUCCUGAUCCCUCCCUUCCUGCCCAGGAGGCGUGGGGAUGGUGCUAUAAGACGUGAGGCUGCUAAGACCUGCAGCUGACUAGUGCAGAAGAAGAUGAAGUCCUUGCUUAUGUUCCUGCUCUCUCUUCUCUUUCCCCCUGGAGCAGGGGCUGGGGAGAUUAUCGGCGGCAGGGAAGUAAAGCCGCACUCUCGCCCGUACAUGGCGUAUUUGAAAUACUACAAGAACGGCAAAGUGCACGAAUGUGGGGGGUUCCUGGUGAGAAAGGAUUUUGUGCUGACAGCUGCUCAUUGCCGUGGAAGCAAAAUGGGGGUCCUUCUCGGGGCUCACAGCAUCGCAUAUCGAGAAGCCACUCAACAGCGAAUCCCUGUAGCGGAGAAAUUCUCUCACGACUAUAACAACCGCACCCACGUCAACGACAUCAUGUUACUUAAGCUGGUCCACGCAGCGAAUAUGACAAAGGAGGUGAAUGUCAUCCGUCUGCCUUUGCCGGUGACUAACGUGAAACCCGGUACCACGUGUUCUGUGGCUGGAUGGGGGAUGAUGGGAGCGAACGGUCCCAAAACGAGCACGCUCCAGGAGGUACAGUUAGAAGUGAUGCCUCCAGCCCAGUGCUCUUUCUACAGAAGUUUCCAACCCUCUUGUCAACUGUGUGUGGGGAACCCCAAAUCGUAUAAGUCCUCCUACAAGGGAGAUUCAGGAGGCCCUAUGGUGUGUGGAAAGCAAGCCCAGGGCAUCGUCUCCUACGGGAGAUGGGCCGGGAAACCUCCCAACGUCUAUACUCGCAUCUCCUUUUAUCUUCCCUGGAUCAAGGAGAUUCUCCAGAAGAAUUAGUUUCUGAUCCCUGGCCAAGGUGGAAAGUCAGGCUUCUGGCCCUGCGACAGAGCCUGAGCCAUCGUCCCUCUCUCUCUCCUCUGGGCUUCCCUGAGUGUCCUUGGUGAAACCCAGCCCCGACCGCAAGCCCAGGGAAAAAUCCUUGUCUGAGCACGCGGUACCCGGCUGGUGGGUGGGAUGUCAAUAAACCCCAAAUCACAGCA